AUGCCCGCCUUCGCGGAGUGGCGUUUUCUAUCUACCCUCAUCUUCUAUGUCCUGCCAUCAGCAGCAUUCAGAAUCCCAGGCGCUAUUAUCCGUGCAGGGUUCAAAAGACUACCUCUAGCCCCGGCCAUAUGGAAUGGGUUUGCUGGUGCGCUGAUGGUCAAAACUCCCCCAGAGCAGCUGCAGGCAAUGCUGCCAUCCACUAUCGACGUAUAUGAUGCAUGGGUCUUGUCUCAUGGAGCCAGCCGUGCGGUGGAUAUCUUGCCUGCUGAUAAUGCCACUCGCCUGCUCUGGCUAGGACCAAGAAAGUCGGAUAAAGUUGUUCUUUUCUUCCACGGUGGUGGAUAUGUGAUGCCGCUUGCUAAAGGACACCUGGACUGGAUGGCAUAUAUCAGGAUCGAGGCAGCCAAUGCUGGAAUAGAGCUGAGCGUGUGCAUCCUGGAGUACGACCUGGUUCCGACAAACCCAUAUCCCAGACAAAUGACCCAGGGAAUUUUCGCACUGAACCAUCUAUUGGAUAACGGAUAUAGACCAUCUGAUAUUGUCUUCGGUGGCGACUCUGCAGGCGGCCACCUGUCGCUUGGCCUCAUGGCUCAUCUCCACCGCCAGUAUCCAUCUCAGUCUGCAGAGAAUGGUUUCGACCUAAACGGCCCAGUCAAAGGGUGUUUCCUUGUGUCGCCGCUAUCAUCCUUCAACUUUAGUACGCCCUCCUACAAAAGAUGGUUUAGUGCCGAUGUUCUUAGUAGGGAAGUCGUGGAAAAAUGGGGACUCUAUCUUGUCGAGUAUUCUCCCUGGAACGACGAGAUCUGUGCUGGGAAUGGCUGGGGAAUGGCCCUCGAUGUUCCGGAAAGCUGGUGGGACAGUCUCAAGGCUGUGGAUCGUAUUCUCGUGACUGGUGGCUACGAGGAGGUCUUCAGCGACCAUGUCCAGCAGCUGGGCAGGAUGCUGAAGAGAAAGAGUCAGGGCGAGGUUGCCCUGUACAUGGCAAACGAAGCGCACGAUGGGCCAUUGAUGGAUUUCUCAGCUGGAAGGCCUCCCAGUGUAACGACAAGGGCAAUUGCAGACUUCGUUAUAGCUUGUUUGAAGUAA